AUGGGAAAUAAAAAAGGGAAAAAGAAGAACAAGCGGACACCAUUCAACAUCAAUGACCCUCCGCCUGACAACACCAACAACAACAAGACCAACGAGGAGCCUCAGGUAGAAAGUGCUGCAGCGCAGGCUGCCCCAGCUGAAAAUGGCUCAAGGGAUGAACUUCGAUAUCAAACAUUCGAUCGUGAAACCCUUCAAUUCACAGAUGUCCCCGUGAUUUCUCUUUACCCGAAGAAUGCGACUACCGACGCUGAGAAUGGCAACGCUGACACUGAGUCGAAGGAGAUGGUGUCUGAAGACCCUCCAGCAGAAACCCCCGGGGGAGAAGAUUCGACGCCUGCAGAGCCCGCAGAUAAGCCACUCGACCUUGCCGAUGUAACUCCGAGUGAUGACGCCGCAGGCGGACCUGUACCGGAUGAAUCUCCUCCCCAGAGUGAAGAAGAGGCCCCGAAAGACGAACCAGCCGAAAAUAUAAAUGGAGGUGACGAUGAAGCGCAGGGAGGCCAGGAAGAGCCACUAGCACCUGAGAGUGGUGAUUCUGUAGGCUCAGAGCCUGCAGAACCUUUGGAGUCAGCUGAUCCUUCCGAAACCAAACCCGACGGCGAAGAAGAAGAGAAAAUUCCACAAGAACCAGAAGCGCCGCUUGAGAGCCAAGAUGCUCCAAAUGAAAGCACCGAAAGAGAAAAUGAUGAAGAGCCAAGCUUCCCUGACGUUGAUCCCGCGGCGGAAAUUGAUCAAGUGGAAGCGGAGAAAGAGGCAGAAAAGGCCGUAGCAGAGUUCGAUGAUUUCGAUUUUAAUGAACAGGGUGUAGACGAGAAUGAAAGCAAAGAAAAGCCCAACGGGGAUGGGGCCGGAGAGGCUUUGGUGCCAGAAUCACAAGAAAUGAAACCCGACGCAACGGACGAUACGCCCAGCGUGGAUACAAGCGAGGAAACGGGUGUUGAUGGAAAACCAAUGGAAGCACCCGAUGAGAGUAAGGAUACGCCCGAGGUGGAUAUUCCAUCGACGGAAGCGGAACACGAGUGCAACGAUAAGCCCGUUGAAGAAACGUCUGAGGAAGUGGCGGUGGAUUCUGAGCCAAAUGACCCUGCUACAGAUGAGGGUUCGGCUCCCAGUCCAGAGUGCGCUGCGGAAGCCCCCGACGAGGAUGCGGACAAAAGCCCAGAGCGAGAUGGGUCGCCGCUGGUAGAAGCAGAAUCACCAGCAGUUGAUCCAGCUGAGGGUGAAGUGCAACCUUCUGAAGAUUUGGCAAAAAUCGAAGAACCUUCUGCACCAGCUGAACCCGCCGAACCAGCCCUGGCGGGAGAAUUAGAGCCAUCAGGUCAUCCGCCGCCAGCCGAACCAGAACAACCAGCAGCGCCAGAAGAGUCCGCCGUAGCAGAACAACCAGCAGAGCCAGAAGAACCAGCCGUAGCAGAACAGCCAGUUGAACCAGAGAUUCAAAACACUCCCCCGGCGGAGGAAGAGAGGGAAGAAAGCGGCCCAGAAGAACUCCCUGUUGAGGAAAACGCCGCUGAACCAGUAAUUGAGGAAGAGAACGACGCUCCUGUUGAGCCGGAGUUGGUGAAGGAAGACGAGAAUUCAAUCAAGGAAGAACUGGCCAUUAAAGAUGACUCCGAGCCAGCGGAAAGCGCCCCAGGACAGGAUCAACCAGACGACCCUCCGGCUGAACCCGCAGUAGGAACUGACGAGGCACCUGGGGUUGAAACACCAACUGAGGAACCCAGCCUAGCAGAGGCCGACCCUGCCGAGGAACCUGAAGCGGCCGAGCCUACCCUAGUGAGUGCGCCCAGGGAAGAACCCGCAGAGACAGAAAACCCACUAGCUGAGAGCUCCGCGGCGGAAGAACCGAGUUCAGAGACCAGCCCCCAAGAGAAGGACGUUCCUCCUCCCGAAGAACCAUUGUCGUCAGACUCUCUCGAUCCAACACCGGAUGAAGUGCCAGUAGAGCAAGCACCUAUCGAGGAGACAACAGUCGAAAAGGUAGCUGUUGAGGAGACGCCGGGUACCGAGGAAUCAACACCACCGCCCGUGGUAGAGAAAGAACUUCCCAUGGAGGAGCCGCUAGCUACAGAACCCCCUACUCACGACGAACCUAGUCCUGAACCCCCCGCCCUAGAUAUCCCAUCGGAAGACCCUGCCCCGCGGUCACUAGAGGAAACAGUUGCAGUUGUGGACCCAGAUCCUGCAGUCAAGGACUCAUUUGGACAGGAAGCCGCAGAUGAGCACAGACGUAGGCGACGGAGACGGCGAUCAGUAUGGGAGCAUGAGCAGCGUGACUCAAGAGGGUCCAUCGAUAACCAGCCUGGCCUUCGACGGCGGAAGAGCGAAAGGUCGGCUUUUGCAACACCUCGAGCGGAUGGUGUAGUGGAAGUCAAACCCCGGAGAGCGACGACCGCAUAUGCCGAACAGGACCAGCCUGAAAGACGGAGAAGAAAGAAACGUUCCCCCGAAGAAACCGACUCUCCAGCGCCAAGACACCGUGAUGUCCGGGGUGAUUCCACUUCGCGAAGCAGGGGUAGCUCAAGUCAGAAUAGUUUUUCUUCUCUAGCAGCCAAACCGGUUGCGCUUUUGAAACUUAUGACGACCGGGGAAUCUAACACCUCGGGGCCCAUGCUCAGGGUAAACGGGCAAAGUUCGAGCUCAUCGAGAUCCCCUGGUCGACAUUCGGACUCCUCCAGCCGCUCCCAUUCACAUGGACAUACUCACCGAAAGCACCGGCACCAUGAUGAGGAAGAGCGUAGACAUCGCCGCAGCCGUGAACACCGGGAGCAUCGGGAGCACCGAGAGCACCACCAUAAAUCGAGACGAGAUGGCGAAGUUCAGCCAAAGCCUUCGAGGAAGGAUAGUUACACUUACAAUGAUCACGGGGAGCGGCAUCGCGAGCGACGCCAUUCUAAACGGUAUGUGGAAGAAGCUCCCGUAGGCCUCAGGCUUCGGGAUAAGAUCAGGGAGAACCUAAAAGCUGUCAUUGCGGCGGCUUGA